GUCAGAGCCGUCAUGUCGUCCUGGAAGGUGGGGAACAGACACCCGUUUCCUGCAGCGCCGUGAGCAGACAGACCAUGUGGGUCUCCUCCCAAGAGUGGCUUGGUUUUCCCAGUGACUGCAGCUCUUUGGCAGAGGGAGAGCUCUUGGAAAGGUCCAGGCCUUCCCCACACUUCUGAUGAUGCCAGAUGCGGCAGUGAGCGUGCUGCCUGGGGUGUGCGAUGAAGAGCCUAUUCUGCCCGUUUUUCAAGAGCAAAUCUGGGUGCUGGGUACAAUUCAAAGUCUGAGCUUAGCCCUAAGCAGCCAGGGCGUGGGGUACCUGCAGGACCAUCCUCUCCUGUGCCAACUUACUCCCUACAUUUAAAUCGGUACCCAGCCAAGGCCCUUUGUAUUUGCUCAGACCUUUUUCCAGGUGUGAGAUAUUUUUUCCGGACUGUCCCCCCCCCCCCCCCAAUUAACAUGGCUGAUUUGUGACGGUUUUCAGAAUUCUCUCCAUUUGGCAGCCACUCUGAGCCACACUCAGUCCUCCCGAGUGUUCCAAAGAAGCGAAGCUCUGCAGAGUUCCGUCUGUGUUUGGAUGGUUGCUGAGUGCCUUCCUUAUCUUGACCUUCCACCAGGGGCCUCAGGGCAGCAUGUGUGGUUCUCCUUUCCCCCAUUUUAUUCUCACAACAGUCCAGUGAGGUGGUCCAGGCGUAGUGUGUAUAACUGGCCCAAAGCCACCCAGCGAGCUUCCACGGCAGAGUUGGGAUUUGACCCCCGUGGCUCAGAGAGGCAAGUGGAAGCCCCGCAGUGAAAGCUCUGCUCAUGACCUGAGUUUGAUCCCAACGGAAGUCCAUUUUAGGUGACCCGCUGAAGGUUGACUCAACCCUCCAUCCUUCUGGGGUGGGUGAACUGAGGACCCAACUUUCUGGGGGGUAAAAUGGAGACGACUAGGGAAGGCAAUGGAAAACCGCCCCAUGGAGUCCGUCAGGGGACUAGAAUCAUCAAGUUGGAAGAGACCACGAGGACCAUCGGAUCACGUCCCGUCUAAAGUAGAGAGUCGGCCAUUUUUCCUUUCCUUUGGUUUUCUUAUUUUCUCAAAGGGCCUCGUCACCACCCUCACUCAGCCGGGGACCCUCGUGACUCGCCCCCACCACGGCGGAGCCAGUCAAGCCCACCCUCUGCAGAGUCAUCAUCUACCUGCAGAAAGAGAUGUCUGCGGACACCUGCCUGACCUCCAUCUGCCCCCCGCCUGGAGCCAAACCCAAGAGCUGCAGCUUCAAAGCAGGCAGUCCGGCCAACAAGUACGUGCGCCUCAAUGUGGGCGGCUCCUUGUACUACACCACCGUGCAAGUGUUGACGCGGCACGACACCAUGCUGAAGGCCAUGUUCAGCGGCAGGAUGGAAGUCCUCUCCGACAAGGAAGGUUGGAUCCUCAUUGAUCGUUGCGGGAAGCACUUCGGGACUGUUCUCAAUUACCUCCGGGACAACACGGCUGCCCUGCCCAAAAGCCAGCAGGAGAUCCAAGAACUGAUGGCAGAAGCCAAAUAUUAUCUCAUUCAGGGGUUGGUCGACCUGUGUCAGGCUGCCCUGCAGGACAAGAAGGAUUCUUACAAACCUGUCUGCAACAUCCCUGUCAUCACGUCUCCCAAGGAAGAAGAAAGGCUCAUAGAAUCCUCCUCGAAGCCUGUGGUGAAGCUGCUUUACAACAGAAGUAAUAACAAGUACUCCUACACCAGCAACUCUGAUGACAACCUAUUGAAGAACAUUGAGCUGUUUGACAAGCUCUCCCUCCGCUUCAACGGGAGGGUCCUCUUCAUCAAGGACGUGAUUGGUGAUGAGAUCUGCUGCUGGUCCUUCUAUGGGCAGGGGCGGAAACUGGCUGAAGUUUGCUGCACAUCGAUCGUCUACGCUACUGAGAAGAAACAGACCAAGGUUGAAUUUCCUGAGGCCCGAAUCUAUGAGGAAACGUUGAAUGUUUUGCUUUACGAGACGCCCCGUGUGCCUGAUAACUCUCUGCUGGAGGCCACAAGCCGGGACCGAAGCAGCCAGGCCUCUCAGAGCGAGGACGAUGACGGCUUUGAGCUGCGCGACCGGGUGCGGCGAAUCCACGUGAAGCGUUAUAGCACUUACGAUGACCGGCAGAUCAACCACUAACCCUGGUGGGCAGCACCGAAGGGUGUGAUUCAGCCGGCAAGGAUCCGGCGGUAAGCCUGGGCAACGGACCGUGUCGCUGGAUGCUCGGAACUGUCCCCUGGUCCCGCCUGGUAUUUAUUUGCACUGGACAGGGCGAGUGUUUGCGAUGUUGUGCCAGUUGAUUGAGUGUGUCUGCGUUGCAGGAGGAUGGAGGGUCCAGACAGAGUCUUUGUGGUGCUUGUGAGCUUGAACAGCAUCUCUUCAAUGAGGUGCCCCUCGUUCAGGCUCUAAAAGAAUCAGUGGAUCGAGUGCCUCCCCCGCCCCCUCGCAAGCAUCUUCCCUGGCAGUGACCCUCUCGCAGAAGCGGCCUUGAAGACUCUGCUCAGACUAUCUUUUGGAACAGAAGUUUGGUCUCCAGAUGCUGAGGAUGAUGAAGAGGCCAAAACGUGACAGUGUGAUGAGCCAGCAAUUAUUUUCCUGUUCACAGGAGACUGGGGUCUUUUAACUUGAGCAGAAUUUGACUCUGAUAGGUUACUUGGAGCUGGAAAAACGUCCUGUGCCGCCUUGCCUGAGCACAUGGCGUCGGGGGGCAUCUGCAAAUCGUGACACUGGCUUUUGUGGCUUCUCCACCCCCCACCCCCGUACGAACGAAGGAAAGCUAGGCCGGCAGAGGCCCAUACUGGAGACUAAACCCUUCAACUCAUUAAUGACUAGUGUGGGGUGAAGAGCUACUAAUCAUGCUGUUGGGCCUUGUGUUCAUAAACCAGUUAGUUUUUAAAUUA